AUGGAGCAGAUAAUGGCUUCAACAGUUCUCCCGAUGAGGUUCUCUAUGCUGCUGCGAACCAUAGACCCUAUAAAGUUCCUAUGGUCUGGGGCUCUUUUCCUUGGCGUUUUGAGCAUCUUCAUCUUAAUAACCAAACUUCCUGUCCAUAUCCUGCGGAUAUUCUACCCGCCUGUGUCAGUAUUCGUCCACGUGGGAUUGUUCAUAGUGUACAUCGUGUCGGCCAGCUAUCAAGCUGGUUCUGACAAGUCGGAUCCUAAGCACCUACAAUCAGGCCCACCGUGGUAUAUUACGAAGUCAUGCAGUGUUGCUUCGAAUAAAGAUAACAUCGGCUAUUGUCAACAAGCCAAGGCGCUCUUUGGUUUUACUAUCAUUAUCAUUGUUCUUUAUUUCGUCGAAAUUAUCGUGAGCGUCCACUCCUGCUUCGUGACCAAGGAGGAAAAGGCAGAGCGCGAUGAACUCCGCGAAGAAAAGAGAACUAUGAAGGAGUACGAAGAUAUGGUUCUCAGGACCCCCAGAACGUUCCCCAUGAUGAGCCCCGCGCUGCCUUCAGGGGGUACUACGCAGAUGAUGCCUACCAUGUCGUCACGGAGCCCUGAGUUCAGUACAUUCGGACAUGGAUCGUCAGAUCUUCCGCUCCGGGACCAUUUCAGCACACCAAACCCUCGUCCGCCAGCACAGCAAGAGUCAUCGGAAACCUUGGCACCGGGGAACCAGCCUCAGAUGUACUUUCCGCCGCCCCCUAAGAAGGCAGCGAAGGUGUGA